AUGACAGUCGGACACUGGAAUUUAAGGCCCAUUUUCGCUCAAGCUCUACUGUUCGCGGACGAUAUAGUUCUGAUUGCUGACUCGGAAAGGAAACUAAAAGCAGCUGUAAUCGAAUGGAAUGAAGAGAUCAAGAGAAAAGGUAUGGAACUGAAUAUCAAUAAGAGCAAGGUGAUGGUGGUGAAUGGAACUGAAGGUGAGAGAGUGAUAAUAGAAGUGGAGGGGCGGCAGAUGGAACAAGUAAAAUCAUACGAGUACCUUGGCACCAUUAUAAAUGAAGGUGGAAAACUGGAUGAAGAACUGAGAAACAGAAUCAACAAGGCUAGCCGGGCUUACUAUGGUACCAAAGACUGUAUUUUCGGGAAAAAAGAAGUGGGUACUAUGGUGAAGAAUAGGGUCUAUAAAAGUAUAAUAGAGCCUAUAGUUCUGUAUGCGGUGGAAAGUUGGCCCAUGAAGACACAGCAUAUGAGUAGAGUAAGGGCAGUGGCAAUGAAGUGCCAUAGAAGAACGGCUGGGAGGACGUUGAGAGACAGAGUAAGGAGUGACCGCAUCAGGGAGGAAAUUGGAAUGAAAGAUGUAAAAGAAGUUAUCGACAGAAAGCAAUUAGGAUAUUGGGGUCACGUACAGAGGAUGGACGAUGAGAGGAAAGUGAAACAGUACGCAAAUGUGGUUGUAGGAGGCAGACGGAAGAGAGGACGUCCCCGGUACUCGUAUGAUGAACACAUUAGAAGAUUGGGAGAGGAGAGAGGGAAGACUGUGGGGCAGAUGAAGAGGCUGGCUGCGGAUCGCGACACCUGGAGGCGGUUGUCCGAGGCUACCCCGACGCUGUGA